AUGAUACGUCUUGCCGCAUCUGUUGUUGGUGUUGGUAAAAGAAAAAUUUGGUUAGAUCCAAAUGAAACUGAAGAAAUUGCUCAAGCUAACUCUCGUCAAGCCAUUAGAAAAUUAUACAAAAAUGGUACCAUUGUUAAAAAACCAGUUCGUGUUCAUUCAAGAGCUUCAGCUCGUCGUUUAGCCGAAUCUAGAAAAGCUGGUCGUCACACUGGUUACGGUAAAAGAAAAGGUACUAAAGAAGCUCGUUUCCCAUCUCAAGUUAUUUGGAUUAGAAGAUUACGUGUUUUAAGAAGAUUAUUAGCUAAAUACAGAGAUGCUGGUAAAAUUGAUAAACAUUUAUACCACACUUUAUACAAAUCUGCUAAAGGUAACACUUUUAAACAUAAACGUGCUUUAGUUGAACAUAUCAUUACCGCUAAAGCUGAAGCUGCUCGUGAAAAAGCUUUGAAAGAUGAAGCUGAAGCUAGAAGAGCUAAGAACCGUUCUGCUAGAGAAAGAAGACAACAAAGAGUUGCUGAAAAGAGAGACGCUUUGUUCAAAGAAGAAUCUGCUUAA